AUGAAUACGACAACUGAGGAUAACUGGUACCAUAAACCCCUCAGUUCUUCUGAUAUUAUUGCUGGUGGAUUACUUUUUUGCUUUGCAAUAAUAUUUCUAUCACUUUAUAUUUUCACUGAUAUUAUCUUAUAUCGCAAGUCUAAUAUUAUUACGGGUUUUUACUUUUUGCUAAGUGCGUCCAUCGCUAAUAUAUUGUUAUUACUAAGUUAUUCUCUCUGGCCAAGUAUUUUUAUCUUAUUCAAAAAACAUUAUCCGGAAUGUGGGAGACGAAUAUACCAGUUAUACAUGGAUUGGAUAUGGUUCUCCAUGUGCUACCACAUUCCGCUCAUCGCAUGGACUCGUCUUUCAGCCAUCAGUCACCCAUUAAGAUUUCGUCUACAGAAAUCGUCUUCAAUUUAUAUUUCUUGCAUUUUGUGCUAUAUUAUCAGCUUUUUACAAUCUAUGAUAAUCUAUUUUCAACCGUGGUAUGUCACUUUUUAUUACGAAGCAAGUGCAUAUGGUAUGGUACCAGAAAAUGUGGAACAAUAUUUGAAAGGUGGCAAAUCAAUGUUUUUCAUCAUAUUUCAUUCAAUUAUCAUCGGUACUGCAUUUAUUUUUUACAGUAUUGCUGUAUUUCUGUUACUCAAACGUCGUAGACGCCAAAUUCGAAAUAUCAUAUGGUCAACUAAUAUUUUCGCAAGCUGUAAAAUGUCACCAAAAUCAAAUCGUGUACCUUCAUGUACACGUAUGCCAAAUUCUAUGCGAAUUGAAAUAAAGACUGAAUUAAUGCUCAAAUUCAGAUUAAUCUCACCAUGUAUAUGCAGUACAGUCAUAUUCAUAAUUGGUCAAAUUGUGAUAGUACAUGGAACUGGCAAGGGUCGCUGGGCAACUUGGCUUAUUCUCGUACUUUUCACUUUUACGGCUGCCAUCGACCCCAUUUUAUUACUUAUAUUUUCCAAAUAUAUAAGGCAAGUUAGCUUCACUUUUUUAUUCAUUAUUUUUUGCAGAUUUCUAAUUUAA